AUGGAUCGCAAAAAUUUACGUCCCCCCAUUAUUAGACAACCAUCUCCUCCUAUUAUUAGACAACCAUCUCCUCCUCAAGUUAUUAGUCAACCCACACAACCUCAAAUUGAUCCUCUUGCGCAUUAUGCUUUGAGGAGGGCUCAGUAUAAAGGCGCACGAGCUUUGGCAACUUUUCAUCAAAAUUCUACUGCUUUUAAGACACUUGCUCCGUUACUUGUUGAACCUACAUUGCCGCCAAUGGUUUAUCCAAGUGCAAAAGAAAAAGCUCGUUUAAACGCUUUGGCUAAUGAUGACACACCCUUACCCAAUUCUAAUCAACCUACUAACGAUUUACUUUUGAGACGAAUAGCACGACCUCGAUCUAAAAAGAAUACCCCUUCAACGGAUAUCGUUGAUAAUUGUAAUACACCUCCACCUGGUCCUAGUCGACCUACCACUGAUUCACCCCUAAGACCUAUUGCACGACCUCACAGAAGGAUAAAUGAUUUACCACCUACGCCUGAGUCGGAUAUUUACCCUUUUAAAUAA